CCAGAGGCAAAUGAUACAACAGGAUAAAUAAAUGUGCUUAGAAAUGUACGACGUUGUGCGCAAUAAGGAACGUGUCACCAUAGAAAUAGAAUCUAUAUUAGAAUUCCAUGCUCGUCACAAUGUCCAAUUAACAUACAUUUGAAUUCUAUGUGUAUUACUCAGAGGUUAAUUUAUUCACAAUCACAACCAGCCGACAGUUUAUCGAUAGCAAACGCGAAUUCUUCAUUCAAGUCAAUCAAAAAAUCGCAUAUUUUUUCCUGUUCUCAGUAAGAAAAUGCUCAAGAGGCAAUUCCGUACACUGAAAGCCCAGGGAAGACUCCCGCUGGACCUCCCUCUGAGACCAAUGAAGGCCUGGCUCCUGGCAGGGAAAAGAGUCUUCUUGGAGCGUGAGACAGAGACAUGGAAGAGAUGGAGGAAGGUCUGUGUAGCUGAAUUGACUUGGGAUGCAAAGAGGGGCCUGGAAUUACAGGAGACAGAGAGAGUUCUCCUGGUCAGUUGCCAGAGAGUUCAGGAUGAAUUAAGGAUAUCUGAUUUCACCGUGGACACGGCGCCCAACAAAGCCAUCCAGCUUCUGAAAGAGGAGUGUUGGAAGUUGAACUUCUUGCACCUAAAGGAUGAGACAUGCCAGGCCACUGAGCUCACUGAGCUGUAUGGACAUUCUGAGACCUCUUCAAAGGAAACUCUAAUUGAAGAGAAAAGUCCAAAGACCAAGUGCCCGUCCAGUGUCGCUGGGGCUGCUGACAUUGACAACACCAAUGAGGAGUCUUCAGAGGAGUCUCCGAAUAACAAUGUGGUGGACUUUCAGGAUGACUCGCUAGCCCUGGUCAGUGUGGAGAAAGACGCUGCUGGAGAUGGAAAUGUCCUCAGCAAGGUGGUGAAGCCCAAAGGGUGUCUGAAGGAGAGCUGCAAAGAUCAGCUAACCCCAACAAUCUAUGAUAUGAUUACGGAACUACCAAAGUCCUAUUUCGGAUCCACUGAGAGCCUUCCUGAGAUGUGUCUCAGAGGUCCAAAUGUGUGCAGUGGAGUGCCUGAUGUGUCAAAUGCAGUGGGAGAUGUGUCCAGUGACACAAUGACGACUGAAGCUGCUGUAGACCUUCUGGACACUGGAAAUGUCCUGAGAAAGGUGGUGCAGCUAUCCACCGAGAGCCAUGCUGAGGUGUGCAAUGGAGAGGCUGAGCUGUGCAGCGGUCCUGAGGUGUGCAGCAGAGGUCCUGAGGUGUGCAGCAGAUGUCCUGAGGUGUGCAGCAGAUGUCCUGAGGUGUGCAGCGGAGAUCCUGAGGUGUGCAGCGGAGGUCCUGAGGUGUGCAGUGGAGGUCCUGAGGUGUGCAGUAGAGUCCCUGAGGUGUCAAACCCAGUGGAAGAGGUGUCCAGUGAUACAAAGACAGAGGCUGCUGAAGAACUUCGGGACACUGAAAAUGUCCUCAGCAAGGUGGUGAAAUCCAAAGGGUGGCUGAAGGAGGGCUGGGAAGAUCAGCUGACCAAAGACUUCAACGAUAUGAUUGCAAGACUCCCAAAGUCCUAUUUUGCAUCCAACGAGAGCCUUCCUGAGGUGUGCAGCGGAGUGCCCGAGGUGUCGAACGCAGUGGAAGUGGUGCGCAGGGACACAAAGAAGCAGAAGAAAAAUGGCGUUCCUCGAUUCUUCCGACGUGUGUGGAAGUUCUUCACAUGCACCAACAGCCUCCCAAAAGAGGAGUGACUCAAGCACACACAACUCCGGGCUACACUUUCUCCGCCAUCUCCACCUUUCCUUCCAACUGGCUCUUUUUAAUUAUACAAAUAAAGGGGAUCUGA